CGAUUUUAUCUUAAAUAUAAUCCAAAUUGUCAAGACAUAGAACCUGAGGUUUUAGACAAUCAAAAUGUAGAACCUGAGAUAUUGAACAAUCAUGAUGUAGAACUCGAAAUGUUAGCAGCAUAUGAUAGUCAUGGAAUACGAAUCGGUAGUGGUGGAAGAGUAAAUACAAAAACUAAAGAAAUAAUAAAACGAUCAUAUUUGUGUCGCUAUGCUGAAAAGCCAGCAAAAUCAAGCGUAGUGUCUUGUCGAGUAGAAUGCCCAUGGAAAGUCAAUUUUUGCAAGCAAUUUCGAUGCAAGUUAUGCAAGUUACCAAAAGAAAUUGUAGAAGAAAUUCGUUUUUUGACAACCGUUGCAAAGGCGGAUUCAACCAUACAGUAUAGAAUAAUUCAAGAAAAGUAUAAUGUUAGAAUAUACCAACCAGAUCUAUACAAAACAAUUCAAAUGUUCCAGCAUGAUUCUGAACCAGAUGAAGAUGAUGUGGGAAUGUUUAGAUAUUUCAUAGCUGGCGUACAAUCAACUUUCCGUAACGAGGUUUGUAAGCUGGAAACAAACUAUUCCACAAAAAAUGCAGUAAAAACUAUUUUUGAACUCGUAAUACGGCAACUGAACGAGUUUGUAAUGCCAAACGUAAUGAAAAAACAGGAGAAGCAAAUGAAUUUAAGCUUUUAUUAUCAUGCCAUUGAGGUUGAUCUUGAAGUUAUAAUUUCCAAAAAGAGGGAAGUUGAUGAAUCCGAACAAUGUAUUGAUAACUUGUUUGACUGCCCACAAAUGCAACUGAAAUCAUUUCUAAACGAUUUUUCAAUAAUUGUUGAAUCUUGGGAAGUUAUGCACUUAUUAAGUUCUGGCACUUCUCAUUUUGUACAUCUCUUAAACAAUGGCACUUUUCUUUGCACUUAUAUACUUGGAAAGUCUUAUGAAUACCCCUGCCUUUACUUUUAUCAUAUUAUGACUUUAACUUCCAAUGCAAGAUUUCAUAUCAGUUUAGUCAAUAGGCGCUGGUACAAAGACGCUUUACAAGAAACCAAUAUAACAAAUAAUAGAUUCAUAAUCAUUUUCUCGAGUAUAUCUAUAUCAAUAUCAAAGGCACAUAUUUUGCCAACACAAUUUUUGCAUAGCGAGUUCGAUGUUAAUAUAGCUGAAGAAUUUGCAAAUAAUGUAAACCAAUCUCCUGAUGAAAUAUUUAAGGCUAUUUCGAAGAAGCGCAAGUUUGGAGAACUUUGGGGAUUAGAAAGAAAAAUAAUGAUUAAUGCAAUUAAGAAUAGCAAAGAUCAAAAGGUCGUCCAAAGUCAAAAAGAAUUGCAAAUGUCUUUGAGAAGUCUAAUGCAAAAACGAGUUACAACAGUUGUUAAUUUAGGUUCUGAAGAUAAUGAAAAAUCGUUGACCACGUCUACUAGUUGCAAAAGUGUUCGAGAGAUAUCUGAUACAGAAGAAUUCAUAGGACCAAGUAAUCCUGUGGUGUUAAUUUCGGCAUCUAUGCAACCAAUUGACUUUCAAAAUCGUGAAUAUACACAAAGACAAUAUAGUAUUUGUCAUAGAAAGGGGCAUAAUUCCCAAACUUGUCCAAAUAAGAUUUAG